AGUGUGAAAUGGUAACGUGACCCCAAAUGACCUCCUUCCCCCAGUCACAGUGCAACAGAAAAGUGUCCGUUUCCAGUCUCCACGUCGCUUGUGCCAAGGGCAGGUUGAAUGACGUCAUUAGCUGUCUAGACCAGGACAGCACAAUUCUCGCUUCCAUUUCGGAAGAUGACGGAGGCAAUACUGGGUUGCACUAUGCAUGUGCCUCGGGACACCUGGAUAUCGUGAAGUGUCUUCUGAAACGAGGAGCUCCGUUGGACCAACUGAAUGACGAGGGCUGGACCCCACUCAUGCAGGCAUGUUAUGCGGGACAUAGCGAUGUAGUUUCGGCACUGAUUCAAUCACAAGCCGAUGUUAAUAUUGUAAAUAGGUCCAACUGUACAGCGUUGACUCUUGGGUGCUUCAACGGCAGUGAACGCAUAGUGAGACUCUUGAUAGAAUCGGGGGCUCAGUUUUUACCACCGAAGAAAGAACCCAACAAUCACCAGUCACAGGAAUCCUUUUUUAACCCAAUGUUGGCCGCCUGUGUCCGGGGUAAUGUAGAAGCGCUGAGAGAACUUAUGAACGCGUUUCAUUCAGUUGCUUUAAAAAUGAAAGAUUCCUACAAUGGCCAGACGCCCUUGAGUCUGAGUGCGAUUUUCAACUGGACUCAACUGGUUGAGAUUCUCCUUAAGGAAGGCGCUGACACGACAGCAGUGGAUGCUAACAACAGGACUGCCCUGGAUCUGGCCUCCAUGUGCAAGAGUAGACAGAGCAAGGCCAUCUUGAAGGCCAAAACAGAUAAGCAGUCCGCAGCAUUGGCUGUCGAAGUUCACCCUAUUGAGCAUCCGAUCAUAGAAAUGGCCAAACAAGGGAACCUCAAAAGCUUACGCGAUGCACUGGAAAAUGAUCCGAACCUCAUCCACGCACGCAACACAGAAGACGGAGCUACAGUUCUCAUGUACGCAUGCGUUGCUGGGCAUUUAUCCAUAGUGCGACUUCUGGUAUCCAAAGGAGCCAAUCUGGACGAGCGAGAUGUCUUGUCGGGCUGGACCGCUUUGAUGCAAGCUACGUAUCACAACAAAGCGGAUAUCGUCAGGUAUCUGAUAGAAUCAGGCGCCGAUGUUUCAAUUCGGUCGCACCAGGACAUAAGUGCGUUCGAUAUAGCAUCUUUAAUGGAUGACAUCAUAGAAAACGAUAUCAUUUCACUCUUGGCGAGUAACAUCGGAAACGGAGCCGACAGUAGAGCUUCGGGAUAUUCGAGUGCUCUGAAUUCGGCUCGUGAUUUUGAAUAUUUAUCUACCAGUGAUCGACUAAAAGCAUCUCAUAGAACAAAUAGCACACCUGUUAUAAAUCGUCUGAAUCGACAGCAAGACGAAGAUGCGUUUACGAAUGGAAAUCUAAAAACUGGAAAUUCCGGCUCUGUUAAGAAUUUGUGGAACAAAUUCACUGACAAGCUGAAAGACAUCAAAAUUGGAAGAACUGACAUGAAUCGAGUGAGUGCCAUGCCGAUUAAUGAUGCCGAGAGUAGUUUCAUUGAACCCCAGGUCGGAGGCUGGGUUUCGAUCCACGACCAACCGUCUAGAAGUGACAUGCACUUCAACCCUGGAGAUGACUCAGCAUUAGAUAGUGGAAUUUUCUCCACGCCGUCUAUGUACAGUAUGCAGAAUGAGCCGAUACAUGUGCAGACUACGAAACAGCUUGCCCCAGUUUUGCCGCCUUUUCACCCCGUGCCUUCGUCAAUAGACUCAAGUCGCAAAAUGCAAUUGUCCAGACACAAAUCCAGUUUUACUAAAGGGUUCGACCGCAAUUCAUCCGGCUAUCCCCGGCGCCACAAACCUAUCAAAGCUAAUCCGCCAAAGUUUUUGCAGCCGAAGAAAUCAAACCACAAUCUAAGCAAUAGUGGAAGUAGUAAUUCGAAUCAACCUGUUAAAUUCGAAGCUUCCGAACACUCUAAUUACAUGUCACCUCAAUCUUCGGGCGAUAUGAGCAAAAGGCAGCAGCACCUUCUGCUUACGUCAUCGCGCGUGAACCAAUCAUUAUUUCAAACUAAACCCAAUUUUGGUAAUUCUCAGCAUGUGGCUUCACCUUUACCAUUGCAGUCAACGUCAAGCGGAUAUCAGUUAAAUAUUUUUCAGUCUUCAACGAACAAUAAUAAUAUUGGUGUUUCCAAUAAAAUUGACCAGGGAAGCAAGACUAAUAGUGGUGUUCAUGGGCGGCCUAGAAUUGGUUCUUUCGGUAGCAGUAUUUCUAGUGGCGAAGUUAAUUGGUCGCACAGUACAAACUUAAACCCCAAAAACAGCAGAACCGGUGCUACUCCGAGACCCUCGAAUGAUGCUGGGAUCCCAAGUUCGCCUGUAAUGAGUAACGUAAAACACCUGGCGAUGGGAAGUGGACAUUGGUCUAGUCCUCGAAAUGGAGGAACCGACGGGAGGUCCUCGUUUGAGAGUUCAGUCAACACUGCCGACGAUGUGAUGUCCUCGAAUCGCCUCAAUUUGAACUCAACUUCGAACGGAACUAAAAGUACGAAUCCUUCGGAGAUGAGUCAGAUUUUAUCCGAGCUAGCGUUGAUGAAGUACAAGCACAUUUUUGACCAGCAAGAGGUAGACCGCGAGGUGCUGUUCAGUUUGACCGAAGACGAUUUAGACGAAAUGGGAAUCGGCCAAACAACCAAUCGGCAACAGAUACUGUCUGCUAUUAAUGUCUAUAAAAACAAGAAAACCACAAAAGGUCACAAUAAAGAAAACAGUUCAACGAGUAACGUUGGUAAUAAUAAACAGAACAAUUUUUUAACAGUUCAGAAUUCGCACAGCCAUAAACAGAAACUUAGGACUAAUAAUGAGAAUUGUUAACUCUAUUUGGCGUUAAUAGUUUGUGAAAUCUACUCUUAUGAUCGUAAUAAUGUAAUUUAUUUGUAAAAUCCUGCCUUAAUUAGAUCCGUAGCUUUAAAAUAAGCAUUUCAAAUUUAGCAUUUAAAUUAUGGUAUCUCCGACGCUAAACAUUUCAGCUCUUGUGUGUCGAGGCUCUAAAAGAGCUUCGUUGGAUCUUGGAGAUUACUAACUGCAUUGCUUAAAAUUGCUGGAGAUUAAAUGGCCCAAAAGUGAAGUCGAAAAUGAAUCAUGAACAUAAAUUUGGUCAGUAUCAAAAAUUAAUUGCAACUCAACGUUUAACUGUAAUUACAAAACUAUAGAAUCAAAAGUUGCUGGGGUGGAUCCGGGGUUUUUUGAGGAAUGGGUUCGUACAUUAAGGUUCUUUUGUAGACAGCUCUAUAGGUCCUAUGUAAAAAAUUUGUCUGCGGGCGCAGAUAAAUUCUGCUUAGAAAAAGUGGACUGAAAAUUCCGUUUUUCUUUUAGUUCAUUGCAACUUUGACGAAAC